AUGAAUCCGUUUGUGAACCGGACACUCAUAUCAAUAUAUUUAAUAGCUCCUUCAUCUCGAGCGGAUCCGGCCUACUGGGUAUCAGGUACAAUCGAAUCAAUGUUGGGUAUGGGUGAAAAGGCGAUUAAGAAUAUCUCAGUAAAUCGCAUGAUUCAUAGCUGCGCGAUUAUCCAUAGAGCUCAUGCUUUGCGGCUUAACAUGGCUACUCCAAGCCCACUUCCACUACCCAGUCUCUGUGACCCAUUUGACUCAUCUUUGACAUCAACUCAAGCAACAAAACGCGAUGUGGAUGAGACUAUGGCGGUGAGGGCGGGAAGCUCCUUCCUCGCAAGUGGGUAUGAUAUCAAACUGUUGUGUGAAGGCGGUCAGGGCGGUCAGUCACACGGACUCCCCCUAGCACUCCAAACCCAUCACUCCAACUCAGAAAACAACUUCACUACCAUCUUCAUUCCCAUUCCAGCUCGGGAUCAGAGAUAA